CGACUCUGUCAUCACCUGCCUUCCACCAAACCCAGCGCAGCCAAUAUUUCAGCAGUUCUUCGUCUGUGCAGGGUCCGGUGCCACAGCGCAGAGCGGAGGAUGUGGUUUAUCGAGCGGAUUCGGGAGGGGGUGGAGAGCCUGCCGCUGGAGAUCAGCCGGACCCUCGGGAUGAGAGAGGAGCUGUCCGCCAAGGCCAGCCUCUCCGCCAAGCUGCACUGCAACGUCCUGACGCCCGAAAAAAUCCCAGAAUUCUUCAUCCCCCCCAGGCUGACCCGUGGGGCACCCCCGACGCUCCAGGACCCGUGCCUGCCCCACGCCGGGGGCGACGCAGCCCUCAGGGAUCCGCCCCGCCCCCACAUUGAGAUUGAGAAUGUGGGCGGGGCCAGGCAGGGAGGUGGGCGGGGCGAGGGGGCGGGGUCGGGGAAGGGGGUCCUUUGCGGGGCGCACUACGGCCUGGCCGGGCUGUAUGAGAGCCCCAACACGCGGCGCAAAGAGUCGCUGUUCCUGGCGCAGUUCAAGGGCCGGUCGCUGGAGAGGGCGGGGUUUCGGAACGCCGGCCGGGCCCCGGGGGUCCCGCCCCCCGCCAAGGCGCUGACGGAGCAGGGCAGCACCGAGAGCGACACGCCCUCCUCCAGCGACUCCUCCCCCCACGGCUCCCCCGUGCUCACCCGCUCCAUCUCCAGCUCCGCCCUCCUGCGCCUGUUCGGGGCGGAGCGUCCCGCCUCGCACCUCACCCGCUCCGCCUCCAAGCUGUCGCUGGGCGGGGGGGACUACGGGUGGCCCCAGGAGGAGUGCGUUUCCGUGGAGAGCGCGGAGAGCGCAGGAGAAACGGCCCAAUCCCUAGGCUCGCCGGCCUUGCCCAUCUCCCUGGCCCCGCCCACCUCCACGACCACCCCGCCCACAUCGCUGGCCUCGCCCACGUCCCUGGCCCCGCCCAUUAUCUUUCCGCUGGACCUGCUGCACUGCCAGGAGCGGCUGCAGCGGGAGCACGUGUUGCCCCUGGAGGGGCGGGGCCGCGUGCGCCUGACGGCUGAGCGGGACCACGCGGGCGCCUCCCUGCGCGUGCGCGUGGUGUCCGUGGAGGACCUGCACGACGGCGCGCCCGGUGGCCGGCUGGUGCACUGCUGCGUCAGCCUCUGCCUGACCCCGGGGAAGUGGCAGCGGCAGAACAGCGCCACCAUCAGGAACUGCAGGAACCCCGUCUUCAACGAGGACUUCUUCUUCACCGAGCUGGGCGAGGACGGCUUCCACAGCAUGGCGCUCCGACUCAAGGUUCUGGACAAGGCCUCCACCCUCAAACGGGCCGUGGUUCUGGGGGUCACCUCCAAACCCCUCUCCCAGCUGCUGCCUCUGUAGGCUGUGGUGGGGCAGAGCCACAACAUAACAGGUUAAAAAUCUCACUCAUAGCUGAUUCAUCAGAGAACUUGAUAUUAUAAAACUGUAGUUAAUUUUUUUGUUUUGGUUAUUAGCGUAUGACGGAAAUUCCAAGUGUAACCCUGCUGUCAUUUUCAAGUUACCUGUGCCAGUAUAAACAGUGUUUUCAGGUGUAUCAUCUGGAUAUAGGCUGUGUUCUCAUUGUACCCUUAGGAAAAAUACUACACUCUUAAUUUAGCUGUGUAAUAGUCAAAUGUGCACCAGCUAAAAAGUAUUGGGUUAGGAAUAUGUUAAAGAACUCUUAUCUGUUCCCUGUAGAGUGUCAAUGUCACAUGUUUGUAUGCAUAAAUGUUUGUAACAGAUUUAUAUUUCAUCUCUGAAAAACAAACCAGUCCUAAAAUACCUAAAAGGUCAGGUGAGAUAUUUGUGAAGAAUUUAGAACUGAGAGUAGGAGUCACUGAAUUCAAUUUACAACCAAGUUUCAGUUUGAAGUCAAAAAGGCAGACAGGGAAAAAUGAGGGGAAACGUUGAAUUAAUUAAGAAAUGACAAGUGCUUAAGACCGAGAACAAAAUGUGUGUACAUUAUUUAUUUGUAUAAUUCAGUUAAAAGCAAGUAAACUGGUUUCAAGAGAUGCUUUUCUGUGCUGUUAUUUUAUGAUACAUUCAAUCUGGUAAUAUUGUGUAUUCAAUCCAGAUUGUCAAAAUGGUU